GGCUAAACAAAAAUCUUCCUGGUUCAUUUCCACUUAGGAACGCAAAUGUUUUAUGUGACUGAAUGGCUAUAUUCCUUUUACUUUUGUUGAAACAACUAGCCCACACUAGUGGAUAUGACCAUCUAUCAUUCAAUAAAACCACUGAACAUAGCCAAAACUAUAAUAAUUGUUAUUUGGCUAAAUAUUGUGACAUAUAUCAUUCACGAAAUGCUGUGGAUAGAAACAAUGACACUUGUACAAGAACUAGACCAAUUGAACCUAGUAAUUGGUCAAACCAAACAUGGUGGUAUGUAGAUUUGGGCGGUAUCUACAACGUUUACAAAGUUAACAUAAUAUUUAGGCUGUAUGAACCAAGACGUGAACUUAGUCAAAGAGGUCGCUUUGCUGGAUUUUCUCUCUAUUUAUCCAAUUCUACGAAUAUUGACGAAGGAUUGCUGUGUUACAAGGAUGGCCCUGAUUUACCUCCACUGGACAUCAAUGUCACGUGUUCAGGUCAUGCUCGAUAUGUAUUCUACUAUAACGAAAGAUUACCUGGAGUUAAAUACCCUGAAGGAUAUCAAAUGCUUUCUUAUACAGAGUUAUGCGAAGUGAUUGUCUUGGGUUGUAGAUCCGGGGUAUAUGGUGAAAACUGCAAUUUGCAGUGUUCAGAAAAUUGCUUCGGAGAAAUGUGUGACAUUGUGAAUGGAACAUGCUAUAGCUGUAAGCCUGGAUGGAAGGAGAAUUUCUGUGGACAAGAAUGUACGUCGGGGACAUAUGGAGUAGACUGUAAAUAUCAGUGCUCUGGGCAUUGCCUGAAUGGGCUACCUUGCAACCACGUGACUGGCAAAUGUCCUGAUAAAUGUGCAGCGGGUUGGACUGGAAAUUUUUGUGGAAAACAAUGUGCUCAGGGAAAAUAUGGCCCAAAUUGUGUCCUCAACUGUAGUGGUCAUUGCAAGGAUAAUGUUCCGUGUAAUAAAGAAACAGGACGUUGUGAUACAGGGUGUAAUACUGGGUAUAUAGGAAGAUUCUGUAGUGAAGCUUGUGACUUUGGAAGAUUCGGAGACAAAUGUACGAAUAUUUGCAGCGGACAUUGUCUUUACAAUGAAACUUGCAACCACGUCAAUGGAAUCUGUAGCAAAGGCUGUGCUCCUGGAUAUUUUGGAUCCUUUUGUAGUAAAGUUUGUCUUGAUGGCUCGUACGGUCUAAACUGCUCUGGAAUUUGUUCUCCUAACUGUAUUGGUACUUGUGGAAAAAGCGAUGGUUCCUGUAAAUGUGUACCUGGAUUUACUAACUCCCCAAAUUGUUCAAAGGAAUGUCCUCCUGGAUUUUACGGUGUAAACUGUAAAUAUAGAUGUAGCGGUAAAUGUGUCCAUGAAGAAACCUGCAGCAGAUAUGACGGAAGUUGCUCUCUAGGGUGUAAAGAUAAUUAUGUUGGCCUAGCUUGUGACUUUCUUCAGGAUAGUUCCACAAGUGCAUCAACAGUAGGACUUUCCAUAGUCGUUGCAGUAUAUUCAUUAUGUUUGAUAGCUGUCUUUGUUCACUUUUACUUGAGAUCACACAGCUGCAUCACUUUGAAGGAAAGAAAUCCAGAGCUUGCAACUAAAGGCACAAAAAGCGAACAGUAUUCUUCUCCAAAGACCAAUACUUCAGAUGAUAACAUACACAAUUAUCAGGACUUGAAUGUCACCGACGAUAAAAACUCUUAUGAAUUAAUGCAAACAUCCGAAAAUCAGUGUGCUUAUCAGAACCUAGACCUUGAGUAUAAAUGAAUAUUGUUUUCUUUAUUACCCUUCACAACUUGACAGUAUACAAAAGUAAAAGUCUGUAGUAUAUAUUAUUCAAAAUGUAGGGGAUAUUAGAUCUACAAAUCAUCCGGAAGUGAGAAAAAAAAUAAAAAAAACAUUGUUCAAUUAAUUCUGAACCCUGUGUUGCAGCGAGUUCUAGGACAUUGGUAGGAGGUUGUUAGCGUAUCCGCCGUCCAAGUGUUUCAAACAUGCUGCCUUGGGGAAAAGGUCCGGACUGAGUGCUGAUCAUUAUAAUUUAAAGAUAUUCUGCUUUUUGAGAAAAUCUUCAACGAUUUGGAUCUUUUCAAAUCUGGCAUUGUCAUCUCGAAAAAUGUAACGACAGUCAUAACGACGUGCAAACGUCACAACAUUGGGUUCCAAAAUGUUGUCCUGGUAGGACUGCCCUUUGAUACUUUAAGUCUGUUCUGCCGGUAACGGUAAUACCUCCCCACAUAUUACGGAUCCAUCCCAUACACGCACCAAUCAUGUUUAAUGACGAAAACGCUAUGGAAACGUUCUGCGUCUGACCAGAAAGUCAAAAUUGAACCUGGUCUCAUAAUGUUCUGGCCAGUGACUUUAGAGUUCGUCUCCUUUUGAUUGACUGUUUACAGGGGAAUUCUAAAGGCAAUAGUGCGGAUGAAUCUGUCCUGAGCCUGCGUUGUUGUCCUUGGUCGACCGGAUCGUGAUCUAAAUUGAAAAGACAGCGAUCUUGAAGCACGAUGUCUUGACCAUAAUCUAGUGAUAAUAGACAGGGAAACAUGCAUUGACCUUGCAAAAGCCACCUGUCUUAUUCCAACCUGAAUCAAUCCAAGAGCAUGCAUAUGUACAAUUAAAAUCUUUCUAGGUGUACAUUUCAGUUUAACCUCGCUUGCAAGAUUGUGACACAACGCACUUGAUCAUCAUGAGGAUCUAGUGCAAAUCAUGAGAGUCUGAUUGAUGGGUUUGCGUGAUGAAUUUCUUUUGAAAUACUUCUUGGUUAAGGAAAUAAACAUAGUUUCGCAUUUUUGUGUAUAUUUAAACAUCCUUAUCCUAAUACUAUAGUAUCCCUUUCUUAUUUGAAUAGUAUAUUUACAAUUGUUUAUAGGUACAUGCAAGUUGAUAACAAGAUUAUUCUUCAAAUCAGCUUAUGACUACACUCACUGAUUGUCUAUAUCUAAUGAAGCACUGUGAAAGAGUUUGAUUUUUUUAACUUAGCUAAAUACAUUGAUCUGUAUCUCGCUGGUCUAAAAAAUGGAAAAGACAACUAGAGAGCUACAAUUCAAUCUAAAAAAAAAUGUUUAUUACACUAUAUUACAUGUAUAAAUAUCAUAAACGAUUCGUAACGUUGCAUUUACUAACAAGUUAAG